AAAGGUGAAGAAUAGAGUCGAAGGCCAACUUUGAGUGAGAUGGGGAAGAAGAUGAAGACGGAGAGAGCUGAAAAAAACACAGAGGCCUUGCAAAACGGCGGUCUCGAAUCAAACGAAAAGCGUUCCAAAAAGAAGAGGAAAAACGUAGGUGAAGUUGAAGAACAGCCAUCGCCAACUGAAACACCCACCAUUACCGUUGCUCUUCCCGGCUCCAUAAUCAAUAAUACUCAAUCCCUCGAACUCGCUACUCGUUUGGCUGGGCAGGUUGCACGUGCUGCUGCGAUUUUCCGAAUCGAUGAGGUGGUUGUUUUUGAUAGCAAGAAUACAUCGGAGGAUAUUUCAAUUGACAUAAUCGGAGAUGAUUCAGGAGAGAAUGAUAGUGGUGCUGCUUUCCUUAUGAGAAUAUUGAGGUAUCUCGAGACACCACAGUAUCUGAGGAAGAGCCUUUUCCCAAUGCAUAGCAGUUUAAGAGUUGUGGGUUUGUUGCCCCCACUUGAUGCCCCACAUCAUUUGCGCAAGCACGAAUGGGCUACAUACAGGGAAGUAUAUACAAAUGAUUCACUUGUUUGGUGCAAAGUUUGGGAAUAUGAUGCCUUACACUUGAUCUCUGAAAUCUCAGGUAUUGCACGAGAAAAGCUAGAGCAAGGUUCUGCAGGGACGCUUGUUGAUGUGGGUCUCAGCAAGAAUAUCAAGGUUGAUCAAGUUCUUGAACCUGGAACGAGAGUAACUGUAGAGAUGGGAACAGACCGUAAUGUGGAUGCAGCUCCACGGAAAAUCGUCCCUUCUUCAAGGCCUCGAGAUGAAGGAAUGUAUUGGGGAUAUAAAGUGCGAUAUGCUCCAAACAUUAGUUCUGUGUUCAAGAACUGUCCAUACCAGGGAGGAUAUGAUCAUCGGAUUGGUACCUCUGAACAUGGUUUAGUUAUCAAUUCGUCGGAGCUCACUCUACCAUCAUUCAAGCACCUUCUGAUCGCCUUUGGUGGACUUGCGGGACUGGAAGAAUGCGUUGAAGAAGAUGCAACUUUGAAGGGAAAAACUGUGAGGGACAUAUUUGACUCUUAUCUAAAUACUUGCCCUCAUCAAGGAAGCCGAACUAUCCGGACAGAGGAAGCUAUCCUUAUAUCACUCCAGUAUUUUCAAGAGCCGAUAAAUCGAGUUUCACAGAAAUAUCAACAGCGAACCCAAUAAUUUGAACUCGGCAAAGAUAGCAAAAUGGCGAGAUUCUCAAUGAUCUUCUACAGACUUCUAGUGCAAGCUGCUAAGCCUUUUCAUUGUUGAAGUUGACCUUUUGAUGCUAUGUACAGAGUCGCACCUGGUCUGUCGAUGUCUUGAUCUGCGAAUCGGUCGGAUAAUCUCACGAUCUUCCAGUCAGCAGAUCGCACCUCUACUUCGCUGCUGUAACCAAAUUGACUAGUCUGUUAUCAAUUGUACUGUAACUUGUAAGAACCUCAUUAUUUACUGGUAUUAUCAUCAAAUAUUUGUCAGGAAACUUCAAUUUAAGAAAAAUUAAAGUUUUUGCAUUUAA